GCUGUUGACAGGCGGAGAGCGCUCUCCGGCGCAGUGAGAGAACUAACAGUGCGUGUGAGUGUGUGUGCGCGCAUUCGCCAUGGCGGCCACAGGAGGAGGGAAAAUCAGAACAAGACGAUAUCACGUCGUUUCUAAACCUUACGCCAAGGCCAAACAGCAGCCUGGUCUGAUAAGCCGAGUAACAGACACCGUGAAGAGUAUAGUCCCCUCUUGGCUACAGAAGUAUUUCAAAAACGGCGAGUUAGCCGAAGAAGAAGAGACACCGGUCCAGGUGGAGCAGAACGACGUCACGGCUCCUCCCAACGGCAGUCAGGAAUCCGCUCCGCUCCCCAACGCACGCGACUCCCCCGAACCCAGCACCAGUAACGCGGAACCCUCAACAAGCAAAGCUUCGUUGAAUUUCCAGGACGUUCUCUCCAGACCUCCACUUAACCGCUCGCACCUGCAUUUCCCUUCCCACGACGGCUCCCCUGCGCUCAGUGGAUCUCUCUUUUCCCAGCCCUCCACAUCCACCGCUCCCCCUUUUCCACCGAGCCCCUUCGCUGUGAGCUCGAGCUUCAUCCCCCUCGUGAAGGAGAUCAAGGACUCGAGCUCUCAGCACGAGGACGACAACAUCUCCACCACGAGCGGCUUUUCAUCGCGGGCGUCUGAUAAAGAUGUUCCCACCUCAAAGACUGCACCCCUCCUCUGGUCCCCAGAGACAGAACGCACACAGUCCGCGUCGCAGCUGGCUCACAGCAGCCUCAAGAAGCCGGCGUUUAACCUGUCGGUCUUUGGCACAUCCUCAUCAUCAGCGAUGAACAGUUCAGUGUUGAACUCCAGUCAGUUGGGGGAUUCUCCCUUCUAUCCAGGAAAGACGACGUAUGGAGGCGCUGCAGCAGCCAAGGCGGCUCGAUCACGGCCGGGCACUCCUUAUCACGCUCCGGUGAGGAGACAGAUCAAGGCCAAACCGGCAGGAGCUCAGCCCUGUGGAGUGACCAGCGCCACUGCCAGGCGCAUCCUGCAGUCACUGGAGCGCAUGUCCAGCCCUCUCGCUGACGCGAAAAGAAUUCCAUCAACAGUUUCUUCUCCGUUAUCAACCUCGUUGAAUCACUCGGCUCUAGAUGGAAGCGGUAAUUUUCAGUCUAAGAGGAAGAAGCUGGAACCAGCCGUCCCGCCUGUGCAGAAGCUGGUGAUUCCAGCUGUUGCAGCUGUGUCUGGGAACCGCUCCAUGUCUUUCCGCCCUUCCCUCACUCCUGGAUCUGUAAGCAGAGUGUUAGAAAAGAUCAGCAAGGAGACGCCUGUGAGACGGUCCCCUCAGGUCCCAGACGCCGUUCCAGCUGCUACGGCAAGCAUAAGCGGCCUGUCGUACCCGUUGUCCAGCACACCAGCUGCCAGUGUCACGAGUACUGGCGGGGGCAAGAUGAAGAGAGAAAGGAGCGUCCGACCUUCCACCAAAAGACCGGACGAUGAGGUUGUCGAAGUGCCGAAUCUGCCCGCUGUCUCUCUGCCGAUCAGUAACUUCAACCUGCCUACUUUCACUUUCUCUUCCCCGCCCCCUGCCUCGACGCUUACACCCAGCACCACGCCUCGAGUCUCUGAGAAGGCAGCCAUCAGUAAGGAAACCAACAAAGAAUCCACACCUGUUUCUGUCUCUUUUACCUUUUCUUCACCUAUUGUCAAGGCGACAGCUGCCAGUCCACCAUCCUUUUCCUCAUCACCGGGAUUUACCUUUAGCGCGCCGACUAUGAAAACCGGAAUUUCCAUGUCAAAUGGUAAACUUCCUCCAGCGAAAGUAAAAACAGCCGGUGAAAGUAGUGAGGAGUUUCAAGGGCCUUUCAAACCAGCCAAGACCUUGAAGCGGGGUAGUGUUCUAGAUGUCCUUAAAGAACCUGGAUUUUCUUCCUCGUCCCAGAAAUCCUCCGCAACACAAGAGGCGAGGAAUAGCAACACAACCGCACAAUUGUUUUCGACUUCUCUCCCCAACUUUGGUGAGAAAUUUAAACCUGCAGCAGGAUCAUGGAACUGUGGUACCUGCAUGGUGCAAAACAAGCCCUCAGACAAAAAGUGCGUGGCCUGCCAGGCCCCGCAGCCCAGCACAGACUUUUCAUCCAAAUUGGACAGUGGACCCGCAAAAGCCCCCGCUGCUAGUCUUAGUUCUUUGUUUGCGCCACCAGCCGGAAGCUGGGAAUGUGACACCUGUCUGGUGCAGAACAAGCCUGAGGUGGUUAAAUGUGUAGCGUGCGAAACGGCCAAGCCGGGGACCGGAGUAAAACCGGCCCUGAGUCGACCUCCUGUCUCUGAGGUUUCCUCAACCCUGCCUGCUUCUUCUACACCGGCCAUCACUUCCACCUUCAGCAGCAGCAGCACUACCACAACCACCGCCGGCACAACAUCUGGACUGCUUAGUUUUGCUGACAAAUUUAAGAAGCCGGAGGGGAUGUGGAAUUGUGACGUAUGCAUGGUGGACAACAAAGCACAAGAUGUUAAGUGUGUAGCAUGUCAGAACGCUAAACCAGGAGCAGCUGCGGCACUGCCAUCUCAAGCACCAUUAUCCCAGGCUUCUGCCUCCACACCAGCAAGUACAGCACCUCUGUUAGGAUUUGGAGACAAGUUCAAGAAACCAGAGGGAAGUUGGGAUUGUGACGUCUGCUGUGUUCAGAACAAGGCUGCGGACCAGAAGUGUGUGGCGUGUGAAACACCCAAACCAGGAGCUAAAGUAGAAACCAAAGGUUUUGCCAAGCAAUCCUUCAGCAUGAAUUCAACCUCAACUUCUUUUAAAUUUGGUGCUCCACCAACAACUUCAAAUUCGGCCUCCAGUGAAUUGAAAUUCGGCGGCUCUUUCUCCAACCCCACCUCAUCGUCGUCCUUUAAAUUCGGUAACGCUUCAUCAGACUCCACCUCCACUUCUUCAGGCUUCAAAUUUGGAAGUUCGUCCUCAGAAAGUUCUUCAGGAGCGUUCAAGUUUGGUGGAGCUUCCACAGAACAGAGCUCGACAGGCUCGGCUUCAACGGAUUCUUUCAAAUUUGGCGGUUCCUCAAACGGCUUUAAGUUCGGAGCGGAUUCCACAUCCGGAUCGACAGGCGAAGAGAAAAAGAGCGAACCUCAAAAUCCCGGUGCGGGUUUUAAGUUCGGAGGAAGCACUACGAGCGGUUUCGGCUCCACGAGUACUGCGGCCACAACUGCGUCACAGGGCUUUUCCUUCGGGCUGUCUAAACCAUCUGAAGAGAAAACUGGGUCGAAUCUGUCAUUCAGUUUCUCGGCACCUAAAGCCUCCGAAGUGGAAAAGGAGAACCCUCUUCCUUCCAGAGAAGCCGUUUUAGACACUUCCAACACGGUUUGUCUCUUCAGCGACUCUUUAGCGCCAGAGGCUGAUCAAACCACGGGCCAGUUGUUUGGCGAGGAAACCCCACAAAAGACUUCAACCGCUGCUUUCAUGUUCGGUAAACCAGAGGAGAAAAAGGAUACCUCAACAAUCUCGACCGGGUUCAUAUUCAGUACGACCAAGGAGGCUGCCAAUCCCGCACCCACUACUGUGGGCUUUAAUUUUAACAAACCAGACCCUACAAAGGAAGUCCCCAAACCUACAUUUACGUUUGGGAAACCCACCGAGCCGGCAGAAACCCAAAAGCCUGUGUUUGGCUUCGGACAGAAUGCAACAGACACUGCAGCCCCCAAGCCUGCGUUUGCCUUCAUUGGAGGUUCAUCCACUGCUCCUGCUCCUGCCCCAGCCCCAGCCCCUGCUUCCUCUAGCCUCUUCGGGACUCCCAGCAGUUCAAGCCUGGCUCCCACCCCUGCUCCUAGUAGCACCUUCGUUUUUGGUCAAGGCUCCUCUUCUGAAACACCUUCCAAGACUUUCUUGUUCGGUCAGCAGCAGCAAGAAACCCAGCCAGCCUCGACAGAAGCCUCUGCCGCUCCAAAUCAGUCACAGCCAUUCGUCUUCGGCUCCAUGAACAGCUCGACCACGUCGCCGUUUGCUUUUGGCGCUGCAUCCUCCGCGCCGGCGUCUUCUUUUGGCCCUGCAGCCUCCGCGCCGGCGUCUUCUUUCGGCGCUGCAGCCUCCGCGCCGGCGUCUUCUUUCGGCGCUGCAGCCUCCGCGCCGGCGUCUUCUUUCGGCGCUGCAGCCUCCGCGCCGGCGUCUUCUUUCGGCGCUGCAGCCUCCGCGCCAUCGUCUUCUUUCGGCGCUGCAGCCUCCGCGCCGGCGUCUACAGCCCCUGCACCCUCUCCGUUUGGGUUUACCGCCACUACGUCCGCCUCUGGCUUCGGCCCGGGACCGACACUGGCGUUCGGCUCAUCGCAGUCUGCAGUUCCAGUCUUUGGAUCGGCUGCAUCCUCUUUCACAGCCACACCAUCGGCGGCAGCUCCUGCCUUCGGAGUGAAGCCUAAUACUCAGUCGGUUUUUGGCCAACAGGCCAACUCGACACCUGGCUUUGGAUCUUCUACUGCCCCUUCUGGUCAAGGAUCUUUCCAGUUUGGAGGAAACAAUGCAUUCGGAGCAACCGGUGGUAGCAGCAACAGCAGUGUAUUUACCUUUGGAGCAGGUGCUGCUGGUGCUACGGGAAGUCCCGCAGGAGCACCAGCUAUGUCCGCUCAGCCGGCAGCUCCUGGAGGAGGCUUCGGCUUCUCACCGUCUGCAGCAUUCAAUAUUGGGUCAGCAAAGAAUGCUAACGCCCCAACGAACAGACAGCACGCCAUCGCCGGACGCAAGAUCAAAACCGCCGUCCGGCGCAGGAAGUAAAGCUGGAAAAUGACGAAGGCUGUGCCACAUUUUGAACAAACACUGAAGUACUUGGUAUUUUGAGCUUGGGCGUACACACACAAACACACACACGGCUCUGUUUUUCUUUUGGCCAGGAGAUUUGUUUUAUAGUCGAGGGUCACCGGUUUGUAGACUUGUGCAGAAUCUGGUCCUGUGGCCCAAAUCUCAAAGAAACAGACUCUCAAAAAAAAAUUAAACAGAAGAAAUAAAUACAAUCAGACACAACACCUGACCCUGCGCAGAAAAGGUAUAUAUAUUUUCAGCAACGUUGGCGGGAUUUUGCGCAUGUUUUUUUUUUUUUUUUUUUUUUCUUUAAAGGAGAUACCAUGCAAAAACCAAUUUAGGGCAGUGACAGAUUUCGCUUGGGUGAUGUGCAGGUAAAUUAAAUCUGCACGUGGCAGAACCAAGGACUAGUUGCUGUAUGUACAGUGAUGCGAGUGUUUCUAUGUACUGAAUGAAGCAAUUUUUUUGUGCGCAGAUUUGUGUGUUUUGUUUUGUUUUUUUGUACAUGCUGAAUUGUGUGUGCUGGUUGGAAAAUGGAGGCAAUUGAAUGUGUUUAAAAGGAAAGGGCUGGGUUGUGGUUAAUCACACCCACGUGCUGGCGAUCGGUCGGUGGAAGAAAAAAAACGUUAGCCCCGCUGCUCUCCUCUGAUCCUUCUGUAAAUCUGCACUCGCGAAUCUGUUUCGAAUUCUCGAGUGCCCCUCCCUUUUAUGUCCCCCCCAUCCUUUUCCUUAUUACUCUCCUCUCUCAACUCUCUACACCUCAUCUUCACUCUGUCUUUUGCCUUUUGAAUAUUAUUAAAAACUUGUAAAUAGUAACCUUUUUUUAAAAAAUCUGUGAAGUUUUUUGUGUGAUAAACAAGCUUAUUUUUCAUUCAGCGUUUCUUUUUUCCUUUUUUUUUUCCCUUUUUGUCUUUUAGAAUUUAUGUAAAGCCCUUAUUUCAAAGUUACCCAAAUCCAUUUAAAGAUGACCUUAAAUGCAAAUUGGGGAUCCUUUGAAGACUAAAGGUAUAUUGGCAUUUCUGAUCCACUUUUGUUUGGACCAAAACCAGUAUUGUAAAAAGUGUUUAAUUAUAUAUUUUUCUAUUGCUUGUUUAAAUGGACUUGGGGUGACUUUGGAUAGUAAGGACAUCUACUUAAUUUUAAAGCCAUGAUAAUUAUUACUGAAUGAGUGAUAAAUAAAACCAUGGAUAAUUGCCAUCAAUAAAAGUACAAAAUUA